AUGAAGUCUCAGUCGCAGCGCGCAGCUGCGGACGGCUUCAUGACAAUGUGGAGCGACAGCACCACCACGAUUGUCGGAGGCUCGUGCGAAUAUGCCAAUGCCGCGAACGGUGGGCUUGGUUCGCCAGCUGCAUCGAGCCCUUACAUAGCCUCUGAAGGCUACUGCGCAGUGGAUAGCACGCUGUACUCCUCGGGAGGGGCCUGUGGCUCGUGUUGGCGUGUUUCCUACGACGGGAGUCCUGCUACCGAUCCGGGUGUGCCUGGUAGCAUGGUGGUCCAGGUUGUUGACUCUGGGAGUGCGAAGACCUUUGACUGCCACUUGACGGCGUUUCAAAGAAUCACAGGGGCUUCCACUGGGGUUUUCCCAAUAACCUAUGAGCCGGUCGACUGCGACGUCGGGAGCGGUGGGCCUGUGGCGACGGUGCUCGACGGUGACAAUGCCUGGUACACGAAAGUGAUUUUCUCGAAUAUGGUUUCUGCAGUUGUGAAGGCUGAUCUGUUCUUGGGGGAAAAUGCCUUCACAAUGAGCAGGGUAAGUGGCGCCACCUGGUCGGCCAGCACUGCUGGGAAGAGAGAUGCUGCUUCCUUUUCCGUGACUUUGGACACAGGAGACAUCAUUGCUUUCCGUUGCUUUGAUUCCUGGCCUGUUCCGACGGGAAGCUCUUGCACAGGAGUGCGUAGGCGUGGAGUUUUCUGGAAGCCGCUGCGAGAUCUGGACCCAUUGGGCCGCUUCGUGCCGGUGGACGGUGGCAGUGAUCGUGCCUGUCGGGGUGCCACACCGGCAGACAAUUCUGCUGCGUACUACCGGGUCGUCGGAAGCAUCCGGAGCCUGGAGCAGUGUCAGUCGCAAUGCCGGCAGACGGAAGGAUGCCAGGGUGUCGAGUACAGCAGGGGCCGAUGUGAAGUCUGGACUCGGCCAGAGGGCAUCCAGGCGAGCAUCGCGCUAAGUGGCGGCUCGGAGAAAGGCUCCCAGGAAAAAGCCCCAAACUGUUAA